ACCCUAGCCAUGGCCAGGGCUUCUUCCAACUUCGCCUUGGGUUUCUUUCUUUUAUUGAUUGCUGCUCUCCUUCAUGCCACUCCUGCCUUUUCCGAUGAGUUCUCGUCUCAGCUCUGCAAAGGCCAUGGCUGUAACUCUAAAUAUCCACCUCCACCUCCACCUCCACCGCCCCCGCCUCCACCUCCUAUAGACCCUGACUGUCCUCCACCGCCAGUGGAUCCACCAAUUGUGCCCCCAACUCCUUAUUAUCCCCAUCCAACAUCUCCACCACCUGAUCCCUAUGGCAAGGUUCCUCCGCCGCCAGCACCAGUACCAGCACCACCACCAUAUCCCGAUGGCAAGGCUCCACCUCCAAAUACCGAUGGCAAGGCUCCACCACCAUAUCCCGAUGGCAAGGCUCCACCUCCAUAUACCGAUGGCAAGGCUCCACCUCCAUAUCCCGACGGCAAGGCUCCACCACCAUAUCCCAAUGGCAAGGCUCCACCUCCAUAUACCGAUGGCAAGGCUCCACCUCCAUAUCCCGAUGGCAAGGCUCCACCUCCAUAUCCCGACGGCAAGGCUCCACCACCAUAUCCCCAUGGCAAGGCUCCACCUCCAUAUACCGAUGGCAAGGCUCCACCUCCAUAUCCCGACGGCAAGGCUCCACCUCCAUAUCCCGACGGCAAGGCUCCACCUCCAUAUCCCAACGGCAAGGCUCCACCUCCAUAUCCCGACGGCAAGGCUCCUCCACCAUAUCCCGAUGGCAAGGCUCCACCUCCACCGCCCUGCGAUGAGCUAACCUAUAAUUCAAGGAAGCUUAAGGCCUAAUCUAUAUUGAAACCUAGUUUACUUGGAUGAAUACAUGAGUGCUCUAAUCCUCUAAAUAGCUAGUUAGUAGUUAUUAUGCAGGUCUGUGUCAGAGAAGAAUAAACCCCAUGGCUCUAAUGCCCUACUGUAGUGUCAUGUUCUGCUAUGGAAUUAUGCUAGUACGUACUUCUGGGUAAUGAUUUGCCAAUGAUAUAUAUCUCAAUCCAGUAUGGACCACUAUCUUAAUACCUCA